CUAUAAUUUAUGCAAAAAUAGAGAUUUAAUUAAAAUAAUCGUCAAAAUUGUGUGAAUCGAUGGCUAAUCUAUUCAAAGACACUCUUCAGUCUUCAUAUUACGCCAAAUUCAGACCACAUCCGCCCAAAGAGAUCAUUAAUGCCAUCAAAAGUUAUUUGAGUGAAAGGAUAGGUGCGUCCGAAUGGUUGUGUGCGGUGGACGUGGGCUGUGGUAACGGACAGUGCACUCGACCCCUGGCUGAGCACUUCCAACGGGUGUAUGGCUUCGACACGAGUGCCGCUCAGAUCGAGGCAGCCGUUCGUCUCAACACUCGCGACAAUAUAUCAUAUGAUGUGUCACCGGCCGAGACGUUGUCCAUAGCGAGCACUUCGGUUCAGUUGGUGACUGCCUGUCAGGCCUUCCAUUGGUUUGAUUUCAAUAAAUUCUACACAGAAUUGAACCGUAUUUUAGUUCCCAAUGGAGUGAUAGCUCUGUUGGGGUACCGAAUGCCAGACGUCUCGCACCCGAACUUCCAGAAUAACAACAGAAUAAAGAAUUUAAUAAAAAGUGUUUAUAAGAAUCCGGCCCUCAUUUGGGCGAAGAAGGAGCGGGAGUUAGUGGACGAGGGCUACGCCUCCGUCAGACUCCCCUUUGACGACGAGAUGAGAAGCGAUGCGUUUGAGGCUCAGGUGGACGCGACCGCCGAAGAGGUGAGGGGUUAUGUGCUCUCGUGGUCCGGAUAUAACAGUCUGAAGCAAAUGGACGAACAAAAGGCAAACCAGUUUCUCGACUCAUAUGACGAGGAGAUUAAAAGCCUUUUCGGCGAUAAAAGGUAG